AUGGCAGUAGGCGGCACUCCGCGCAGCGUCGCCGACGCCACGCGCUUCACGGCCAACACGCCGCACGCCAACACCAAGGCCGGCGCAUCGAACGCCGCCUCGUCCUCUUCGCCGUCCCCCAGCAGUUCAAAGCCCAGCUCGAUGUCUUCACCGUCAUCAGUAGCAGCGAGGCGGCCGCCACAGAAGGGAGGCAUGCCGCCGCCCGGGAUGCCGCGGCCGAUGCAGCAGGAGACCAUCGAGGAGCGAGUGCGGAGGCUGCGGGCAGCACAUCUUGCGGCCAAGAAGGCCGACAUAUCGCGGUUCGACCGCGUUGUCGACUACUCGAGGAAGUACUUCGAUGCGGCGCACAAGUUCACUGUCAUGGGGCUGAUUGGGUUCAGCGGUCUCGCCCUCCUCGUGACCGUAUACGCCACCGCCGACAUGAUGAUGUACAACCGCAAGCGGCGCAACGAGUUCUUCGCGCUGCAGAAGCAGCUCAAAGAGGACAGUCUCGAGGCCGCGCGCCUAGCCUACAUGACAGGCAAGGCGUCCGAAGACCAGAUUGCCCUCGUCGAGGACGCCACAGCCAAGGCCAAGCAAGCCGGCGUGUCGCUGCCCUCCCUCCUCUCCGCGCCCCAAACACCCGCACCGGCAGGCGGACGCGAGCUCGACACCAGAGUAGUGCCCGCCGACGCACAUGCCGAGCGGACGGUCUGGCCCGGCGAGUCCAUGGUCGGGAGCAGCAUGUCGGGCGCCAACGACGACACCACCACCCAGCAGAAGAAGACGGGCUGGUUCAAGUCCAUGCUGUUCGGCGGGCUCAAGAAGGACGAGGAGGAGCCGCAGGCGCGGGAGCAGGGACAGCUGAACUUCAACGAAGAGGAGAAGGCGGCCUCGUCGGGCUGGGCUGCGGACGGGUCGCAGCACGCCCUCAAAGAGAAAGCGAAGGCGGCGUUUGAGCAGGAGCGCGACAACCAGAGGAGAGGCGGGCCGCUGGACAAUUUGGGUCUGGAGGACAAGCCGAAGGGCGACGAGAAGAAGAAGACGAGUUGGUGGUGA